CACAGCGACUGGGUUUCUUACGGAGAACUGUGGUAGACUAAUUAAAGUGGGAAUAGAAAAGUUUAGAAAAAUCGCACAGGCUUUGCAACUUGCCGCUUACAUUACUUAUUUUAAUAGAACAUCGUUGGCGAUUUAUGGCACGAUAAAUGCAAACUUAAAGAGGCAACACAAUUAUAUUCUUUACAUAACAGGAACCUUGAUGCAAGCUUACAACAAAGAAAGUAACAAAAAGGAAGACACCCCCUGAACAGGAUGGGUUUAAAAAGAUGAAAUUUAAGAAAGUACCUGAGUCUGCGGUUACUUUCCGUUCUCAACAGAAAAUGGGCAUGCUAAGUGUGGACUUGUUGGUUACCUUGCAGAUACUACCAGGUUUCUUCUCGAACUGCCUUUUCCUUGCGCUAUACGACUCGGUUGUACUACUGAAACGCGUGGUAUCACUUCUUAGCUGUACUGGGUCGGCUGUCGGCGAGGAGUGGCAGCGCAUGCUGACUUCGGCAGGCUUGAAAUCUAUAUGGAACAGCUUUCUACUGGAUGCCUACAAGCAGGUAAAACUCGGGGUGGAAGCGCCGAACUCCAAGGUGGUCAAGGUCCCCAGUGUGAGCAGCAGGACGGGAGACGAGUGUCGCCUGCUGGACUUUGAAGCGUCCGACCGGCCUUUAGUGGUCAACUUCGGCUCAGCCACCUGACCCCCCUUCAUCAGCCACCUGCCUGCCUUCCGGCAGCUGGUGGAAGAGUUCUCGGAUGUGGCCGACUUUCUCCUGGUCUACAUCGACGAGGCUCACCCCUCUGAUGUCUGGGCGGCGCCGGCCGUGGAGGAGCAUUCUUUCAAAGUCCGGAAGCACCAGACCCUCGAGGAGCGACUUGUGGCCGCUCAGAGGCUUCUGGAACAUUUCUCCAUGCCUUCCCAGUGCCAACUCGUGGCAGACUGCAUGGACAAUAACACCAACGUGGCGUAUGGUGUGUCCUUUGAAAGGGUCUGCAUUGUGCAAAAGAAGAAAAUCGCUUACCUAGGGGGAAAGGGACCAUUUUUUUACAAUCUGAAAGAUGUCAGGCAGUGGCUUGAACAGAGCUUUGGAAAGAGGUAGAAGUCAGGACUGAAAAAAAAACCCAAACUAAUUUCUGGAUUAUGUGGUAAUGUGGAAGGUAAUGUGCUUUCAGAACUGCUUUAAGGUGAACCCCUGUUCCAACCCUCUAAGAAGCCACAAACUGCCAAAGGAAGGAAGUCACUGUUCCUUCCUCUUUGAACCUCUGCAGUUACAUGGCAUACAGAAUGGACAGAAUUUUCAGUUACCAUCAUUCACACAAGUUAUCAAUGUAGCUUUUCCUACCAAUACUCCCCCCUUGUUUGAAACUCACUAUCCCCUGGAGAAGAAAACCAAAAUAAUUGAAGGCACAAGAACCCGGCUUUUUAUAAAUAUGAAAUUAAUUUAUUUCUGUGAGAUGGAGUUUUUAAUAUGUUUGUGUCAUUUUUACACCAUGAUGAUAUAUGCCAGUGUCUGUGCAUACGAAUUAAAAAUGCUUUUAUUUAACAUGACAAUCCCCUCAUUACCCCCUCUCUAUGUAGAUGUUUGUUAUAAUGUUUUGAAUGUGUUCCUUAGCUCCAGUAUGCCUUAUGUAAAUUUUCUUCAAUAUUCCUCACAAAGAGGGACAUUUUAAGGUGGCAUAUGACUUUGUAUAUUCAGCAUUUUAGUUGUGGGGUUUUAUGUAUGGUAUACAUUCAAUUUAGAUUGGUCAGGAGAUUUGUCAGGUCAGACAAAAGGUUCUGAGGUUUGUGAAUUUACAUUCUUUUCUACUGGGACCCCUGUAGUGUUUGAAGAGCUAGGACUACGUUGCAAGUGGAUUUGAAUCUAACAGUAUUUCAAUUUUACAUUCAUACUGCCAUGCAUUUUAUAGUGCUAAAGGCUGGAUAGCUACAUAUUGCCUUACUGUUUGCAAACUAUUGAGAUAUUUGCCGAUUCAGAUAAAACACUGUACAAAGAGAUAUGUCAAAGGAUGCGGUCCUGGCCGUAACUCGGGGUUGUUUUAAUAGAGGUGGUCCACUCGCUCCUUUGGCAUGGCUGGUGCUGCAGAUCCCAAAAGGACCACUGUGUCAACUUGCUCCAGAAUGGAUUUGAGUUCCUCAGCACAGUUCUGAGUUUUUCAUUCUCAUUCAUAUAGUGAUGGCUAGAUUAGAGUAUUAUAGCAAAGGCAAAAUUGUCGACAGACAGUUCUUCAGGUCAAGGCGGGGCUGGUGUAUUAAUGAAAAUCACUGGUGAAAGGGCAUGAAGCUCUGUCAGUGGUUGGAUGUGAGGCCACACCUAUUCCGUUGAGACUCGAAUUAAGUGCCUGUUUACAUGUUCAAACAUUGUCUUGAUACCGAUUUAGAAAUGUCAUUUUUGUAUGUAUUUUGAUCUCGAGUAGUGCAAACAGCUGCUUUUCUAAUCGAGGAAUAAAUAAAUGAAUACAAAGCUUUGCUGCUAA